AUGACGAACCUUCGCGUGGUGCUUUUCCUUAUCGCGGUAGCUCUUUCCAUGCGGGUUGGCUACGCGCAGGUGGAAACCAUUCUUGACAGCAGUGAGUACGAUGAUUUGGGGUUGCCCACUGCUACCGAGCGGAAGCCUCAGAUACCUCCAGGAUUCCUGACAGCCGAUGGGAGAGAUUUAUAUCCUUCGAUUUCGAUGGCGAAUGAUGGGCCUUCUGCCGGGACUUAUCAACGUUCGGCGGUGUCGAGUUACGGAAACAACCCUUUCUUAGCUCGAGCUGAGCUUUAUCGUAAGGCACACGGAAACCCACGACCACAGGUAGGACCUGUCCAGCCACAGCAACAACAGCAACAAGGAUACGAUCCACGAGAUGGAACACCGUACACGCGUGACAUCGCCGUAAAGCAAGGUAUCUUGCGUGGGUUCGUACGAGUCAUGCACGCUCAGUCGGGGCUGAAAAACGUCGAUCAGUAUCUUGGCAUACCGUAUGCUGAGGCUCCUGUUGGGUCGAGACGAUUCAUGCCUCCGAGUGCACCGAUUCCUUGGAAUGGGCUCAAAAUGGCGACCAAACUAUCACCGGUGUGCCCUCAGAACCUACCCAGCCUGAACAACGCUAACAACAACUACUCCAAGGGCCGGUAUGAUCAGAUCAAACGGCUUCUGCCCUACCUGAAGAUGGAGAGCGAAGACUGCCUCUAUCUGAACCUGUACGUUCCAAGCUACGAUGGCAUCGGACCACAGACUAAGUACCCGGUCAUCGUGUACAUCCACGGCGAAUCGUACGAAUGGAACAGCGGUAACCCGUACGAUGGCUCCAUCCUGGCCAGCUACGGCCAGGUGAUAGUAGUGACGCUCAACUUCCGGCUGGGGAUUCUCGGAUUCAUGAAGCCCGGCAUCAGCGACCACACGACGAGCAACUUCGGUCUGCUGGACCAGAUCGCGGCGCUACAGUGGAUCAAGGAGAACAUCGGUGCGUUUGGAGGCGACGCAAAGCUCGUGACGGUGAUGGGCCAGGGCACGGGAGCUGCCUGUGUGAACUUCCUGAUGGUGUCGCCAGUCGCGAAGGGCCUGUUUCACCGGGCGAUCCUGAUGUCCGGUUCGGCCCUGUCAGACUGGGCGCUUACACAGCAUCCGUUGCAAUCGACGAUGCAGGUCCUGCAGGGGUUAAACUGUCCGCUGAAUGGCGAGAACGAUGAGGUUGCGGCUUGCCUACGCCGAAAGCGCUACAGCGAGAUUCUGGGCGUGAAGACGGCCUCGCCACAGUUCUCGACCCAGUUUGGGCCGAUCGUCGACGGGCUGGUUAUUCCCAACAUGCCGCACAAAGUCAUGGGCCAGUACAGUGACAUUUUUAGUGGAUACGAUCUGCUGUACGGUAUGACCGAGCUGGAGUCCUAUCAUAUCCUGAAUGCGGUUGCGCUCACGUACGGUCUGCUGGAAAACGAGCGGGACAAUUUAUUGCGAUUUUACAUGCAAAAUCGCUUCGAAAUUCGUCCCGAUCUCGCUCUUGCUGCCACGUUACGAGAGUACACCGACAUCUACAUGGACCCGAACAAGGCGUUGGCCGACGAGCACCGGGACAAUCUGCUGGAGAUCCUGUCGGAUGCGCGCGUGGCCGCACCGAUGGUCCAGACCGGGCUCUAUCUGUCCAAGGUCAACCCAAAGUGCUACAUGUACGUGUUUGGCCACAACAGCGAGGCUGGCGAGUACGGACGACUUUCACAGAGCGUGGUCGGUGAGGAUCUGGCGUACGUGUUCGGAGCUCCACUGGGCCAGGUGGGUCCGUUCCAGCAUCACUACAACGCCCGCGAGCGCCUGUUUUCCGAAGCGGUGAUGAAGUAUUUCUCCAACUUUGCUAAAACUGGAAAUCCGAAGGCACCGUGGAAGGAUCUGUUCCUGAACCUUAACCCCGAAGACUGGUCGUACUAUGACGUUGACUGGCCUGAGUACAACAACAUCAACCAGAGCUACCUCCAUAUGGGCAUCACGCCUGUUGUAGGCCACCGGUAUCGCCAGAAGUACAUGAAAUUCUGGAACGAAGAGCUACCUGAGGAGUUGAAGAAGAUCACCAGCUCGAAGGCGUACACUCCUUACUCAGACUUCUUCGGUGCGCCGGGUAAAGGUGUUGGUGGAGGUCCUGGCUCGACUAGACUGCGAGGUGGCACAACUCCGCAUCCUGAUUUCCCAACUGGUCAUAUCAACCUUUAUCCCAUCCACGUGGACGUCGAACGGCCAACUGAAGACCCGUUCAAGGAACUGUUGUACCGUAUGAAGGACCCACUGGCUGGGCCGGGAAUGUACAACGCUCCAGCGACUUCCUCGGUCUCAGCUAUCCCCUCGGUGGUGGAGAAGUCCUCAGGACCUGCCGCUCAGCUUACGACAGCUGGAGAACAUCAAAAGCACCAGAAACAUCCACCAAAGGGUGUCGCAUUCGGUGCAACCGAGCCCGAACUGGACGGAAACACGGCGGAGAUCAUGCGAAGUGAGUCUGCGCUCACGAUCCUGAUCGCCGUAGCCAUCGUGUUCUUGCUUUUCAACAUCGUCGCCAUCGUGGGGUAUCUCGUGCGGCGCCAUCUUGCUCGAUCGGCGGUCAUUGGAGCUGCAGGAGGACGUAAACCUAAGCGCAAGUACGACGAUGCGAUGCUCGAAAGUGCCGCUGCAGUUGUUGUGGCAGGAGCGAGCCUCGCAGAGAAAGAAGAUGGCUGCCAACAGCUGCGAGGACAUCACCAUCAUCACCACCUGCUGCAGCAUGGUUCCUAUAUGAUGGAUGGCACGACAGGAGCUCUCAUGCUCCGGAAGUCGAACUCGUACGAACCCGUGGCCAAACAGCCAUUUCCGGAUGAUGUUUGUGGUCCUACGCCUAUCUCAGGUGUGGAUGCCGUCGACUCUCACACGAAGGUUUGUGAUUGGAUGGUGGCAACGGCUGGUUGUCGUGUAGCUCCGGUUGUUCCACCACACAAAAUCAGCGUGGCCAUCGACGCUACACCACAGGCUCGCAGUAACAGUGUGCUGCGGCAAGAGCCAAUCGAGGUGACAAAGGCAAAAUCGUUCGAUUACGACACCGCAGAUGAGCCAGAUUGUCUUGUCAGUGGAUGUCCGGGUGUUGGAGGGCUAGUUCUUGUACGAGAACCACCCGCAAGUCGCUCGUCUGCCUCGUACUCCGCUUCAAGUUCGUACUCCAGCUCAGCCACGACGGAUGAGCUUAAACAGACGGCGGAUAUGAUCGGCAACGAGCCGUACUACAACUGCCCCGAACGGUCGAGGGCUCCAUGCGCUCGCGAGGAAGAAGUCACAAGCUUCAUCGAGGAGCAGGACAUCAACGUGACAUCACGAGAUGAUAGCUCUGAGAAGGAUCCACUGUCACCUGAGGAGGCCCUUCGAGUGAUCCAGAGGCGGAAUUUUCCCAAGGUCCUUCCGGACCAUCCACGAAAUGGUGCGACGAUCGGAGCUGGUUCGGUGAAACGUCGCUCAUUGCCUCCACAGUCUUUGUACGGGAUGGGUCCGCUGGGAUCACAAAGUUUACGACGUGACGCUGCUGGAGGAGGUCGAUUAGUUCCAGCACCACCACCACGCGUUUGUUCCACACUCGGGCGACCAGCACGCACGAGUCACAAUUUUAUCAGUUCACCUCCGAUCGUGGCUGAGGAGCCUCCUGUAGAGGAAGAACCUCCGAUCGCACUGAACACACUGCAUGUGGGACCACUGUUGCCAACGCAUCAGGAAAGCACCUACAUGACAAUGUCCCGCCAGAACUCGCUUGGGUCCGAGAGUGAGCCAGCGCGAGACGACGACGCCACUGAGGGCGAUUGCAUCCCACCCGUCGAUAUUAUUUGCAUCGAACACAAACCCGAAAGCCACUAUAGCUACGUACGACCGAUGGGACUGAUGCGAACGCCUUCUUCGUUUAAAUGCGUCCCCGAUGCAGCCCGCGUGAGCUGCAGCGAUGAGACGCGGAGCUUUACGGACAUCGACCCACAACGAGCCGGCGAUGGAGACGCCCAGUCGCUCGUACGAGACAAGCUCAGUUCCGAUUCAUCCGCCACCGACACGACUUCCGGGAGCACCGGAACGAUAAAGAAACUGUAAAUAUCGAACCUGGACGGUGGUAUUGAUUCUCCGUGCCAUUUUGUGUGCCGUUUUGUGUGUGAGCGCGAAACGGAUGGUGUGCCAUUCGCUAGCAAACCUCGAGUAUUUAUUCUUAGGAUCACGUUCACUUGCAAUAUCUUCCGGAUGUGCACACCCGGCCCGGGUCCGUGGUUGCAAGCUAGCAAACACACGCAUUCGCCCGCUAGCAUUCACCGCAAGGCACAUCGGCACACGUAAAUACACACUUACAAGCGGUAGCGCGGUCCUGCCGGCGAGCAAGCGACCACAGACAGACAUACGUUAGCAAAAUGACGAUUCCAUUUAUUGAUUACAUUAAUCCGGAAAACUAACUCACGAAGCGAAGCGAUUCCACCGGUGCUUGACGGUGCUGGUCGAACGUUCGCCUUUUAUCCCCUCAGACCGAACCCAGCCGAGUGCAGCAGCAGCUGGCGGUUACGACUAUUUAUUUAUGCUAUUUGUACAAAAUAAAAUAACAUGCAAGCAGACACACGUAUUAGCCGAUAAGCGAGAUUUACGGACGCGUCCAAAGGUGUGCCCUACCGCAGUACAGCCAAUAAAGCCAUUUC